AUGGUUAGCCCGGCACUGCUCGCGUCGCUCGCCGCCGCCGCCUUGACCGUCCUCGCCGACAAGUCUCCGGCCGAUCCCAUCGUGCCCUGCGCCUACAUCUUCGAGGUCGAGCACGGCUCCGAUGCCACGGCGCUCGAGGAGGCGGCCGCCGAGCUCGGAACCUUGCGGAUCCGCUACGGCUACGAAGAUCUCAACGGCUUCUCCAUCCGCCUGCACCCCGCCGAGGACUGCGAGGCCGUGGCCGCCUCACUCGCCGAGCGGCACUCCAUCGUCCGCACCUACUAUCCCGUCCACCUGCACCAGAGGCCUGACUCGAGCGUCGAAUGGACCGCCGUGGACCCCGACAUGUCCCACGGGGCGGCCAAGCACAAACGUUCCCUUGCCAACCAGACCUUCACCGCCUUCCCGCCGCACGUCAUGACCCAGGUGGACAAGCUUCGGGCCCUCGGCUUCACCGGCAAGGGUGUAAAGAUCGCCGUCCUCGAUUCGGGCGUCGACUAUACGCACCCGGCCCUCGGCGGCUGCUUCGGCCCCGGUUGUCAUGUGGCUUUCGGUCAUGACCACGUCGGCGACGGCUACGACGGUACCAACACGCCUGUCCCUGACGAGGACCCGAGAGAUACUUGCAACGGCCAUGGCACUCAUGCGGCCGGCAUCAUCGCCGCCCUGCCGAACGAGUUUGGCUUCAGCGGCAUCGCCCCGGACGCUACUCUGGGCGCCUACCGCAUCCACGGCUGCCACGGUCCUCUCGAGACCGACAUUCUCGUCGACGCUCUUCAUCGAGCCCGAAAGGAUGGCGCCAACAUCAUCAGCCUCUCCAUCGGUGGCUUGAGCGGCUGGUCUGCCGAUCCCUGGUCCGUUUCCGUCCAGCGCAUCGUCGAGAGAGGCGUCCCUUGCGUCGUCUCGGCCGGCAACGGCGGCUCCUAUGGCCUUUUCGCCGCUCUGUCGCCGUCGGCGGCCAAGGGUUCGACCUCGGUUGCCUCGUUCGACACCACCGAGACGACGUCGAUCCUCGUCAAGGCAAAUUAUACCGUCGAUGCUGGCGAGGGCAUCACCGCCUUCGGCUAUUCUCCCGGGAAUCCGAGGGCAUGGGAUGCCGUGACUCUCCCGCUGUACAUCUACCCUGACGCCAUCAAUGCUACUUGCGGCAAGCUGCCUCAAGAUGCCCCCAACCUAGCCGACAGCGUGCUCCUCCUCCACCUUGACAACCAUUGUGACUUCGACAAGCAGCUUGAGGAAGCGGCGGCCAAGGGGGCUAGGUACGUGUUGGCAUUCGGCGACAGGCCCGGCGCCGCCACUUUAAGCCUGGAUACCACCAAUGGCAUCCUCGCCGCCGGCAUGGUGACCAAGGAGACGGCCAUUGCCUGGUCCGAGGCUGUCGACCGCGGCGACAAGGUGACGCUGCACAUGGCGAGCCCGACCCUAUCCGAUACCUACUUGCGGCACGACGUCAAUAACGCCACUGGCCGCCGAGUUAGCGUCUUUUCUUCAUGGGGUCCGACUUUAGACAUGGACAUGAAGCCUCAAGUCGGAGGCCCCGGUACCAGAAUCCUCUCUACCUACCCUUUGCCCUUGGGUGGCUAUGCCAUAAAGUCCGGAACGUCAAUGUCCUGCCCCGUCGUGGCAGGUAUCAUUGCCCUCGUCGGCCAGGUCCGCAAUAAUACCUUUGAUCCGGAACUGAUCAAUAGCCUGCUGUCUUCUACGGCCAAGCCCCAACCCUUUCAUGAUGGCGACAAGGACUACGACUAUUAUGCUCCGGUGGCGCAGCAAGGUGGUGGUCUUGUCCAAGCCUACGACGCGGCCUUUGCGACGACCUUGGUUAAGCCCUACGCCUUGUCCUUCAACGAUACCGAUCACUUCCUUCAAACCCCCAACGUUACCAUCAGCAACAUGGGGCCCCGCGAGGUUACCUACAAGCUCUCGAACGUGCCGGCCAUUACCAUGUACACCAUGGACCAGGCAUGUAUUUUUGCCGGCAAGUUCCCCAACGAAGCAGUGCGCGCGCCGGCAACCAUUGCCUUUGGCUCCGAUUCCAUUACGUUGCGUCCGAACAGUUCGACUUCCUUUGAAGUGCCGCUUACCCCUCCCGACGGCCUGGAUCCAAAGCGUCUUCCCCUUUGGUCAGGCUGGAUUCGUAUUGAUGGUGAUGAUGGUACCAAUCUAUCGAUACCUUACCAAGGCCUAACCGGCUCACUCCGUGGCACGACGCAGUUGAAGCCCAACGGUGCUUGGAUCGCACGCUCCAACGACACCAGCCACGCUGCCCUUCCGGCGAACGAAACCUUGACCAUGCCGCGACAAGACGGCAAGAAAAAUGGCACCUCAGGGGUGAUUCUGCCUGCCAUCACGGCCAAUCUAACUCUUGGGUCCUCUCUCUUGACGGCCCACCUUGUACCCAUGUCGAGCCUGCCCACGAACCUGACGAGGGAGGACCACUGGGGAUACAAGACAGUCGGCCAACCUUUUGGCUUCCCAAAGGAAAACAAUUGGCUCGGUCCUAAUUCGCACGAUUGGAACGGUAAGCUCGCCUCGGGAGAGUAUGCGCCUGCGGGCAAAUAUUUCCUCGUCCUCGGCGCACUACGGAUCUUUGGCGAUGCGGCAAAGAGAUCCGACUGGGACGUUGCCGAGACACCACCAUUCCACAUCCAAUAUUAUCAUAGACGCAAGCAACGACGAUGCGGAGUCGAUAUUGGGACAGGAUUCUGA